UCCCUGCGCAUGCGCGGUCCGGGCUCGUUCGGCCAAGAUGGCGCCGGUGGAGCACGUUGUGGCGGAUGCCGGGGCCUUCCUGCGGGACGCGGCUCUACAGGACAUCGGGAAGAACAUCUACACCAUCCGGGAUGUGGUCAGCGAGAUUCGGGAUAAGGCCACGCGCAGGCGGCUUGCUGUCCUGCCCUACGAGCUGCGUUUCAAAGAGCCCUGCCCGGAGUACGUGCGGCUGGUUACUGAGUUUUCUAAGAAGACUGGAGACUAUCCCAGCCUCUCUGCCACAGAUAUCCAAGUGCUGGCACUUACCUACCAGUUGGAAGCAGAGUUUGUUGGAGUGUCUCACCUAAAACAAGAACCAGAAAAGAUUAAAGUGAGUUCAUCGAAUCAGCACCCAGAAACUCCUCUACACAUUUCUGGUUUCCAUCUGCCCUCAAAGCCUAAACCCCUACGAGAAACAGUAGAGCAUGGACACCCAGCCGGUGAGCCUGAGGACCUAGAAUUCAGUUCCUUCAUGUUCUGGAAAAACCCUUUGCCCAAUAUUGAUCGUGAGCUGCAGGAGCUGCUGAUUGAUGAAAGUGAGGAGGUUGCAAGUGAGGAGGAGGAGGAGAAGGAAGAGAAUGGAUUUGAAGAAAGGAAAGAACAAGAUAGUGAUGACGAUGGGGGUGGGUGGAUAACCCCCAGCAACAUCAAGCAGAUCCAGCGGGAGAUGGAGCAGUGCGCCGUCCCGAAGGAUGUGCAGGUUGGCUGUGUGACUACGGACUUCGCCAUGCAGAAUGUCCUGCUUCAGAUGGGGCUGCACGUUCUGGCGGUGAACGGCAUGCUGAUCCGGGAGGCCCGUAGCUAUAUCUUACGCUGCCACGGCUGUUUCAAGACGACGUCUGACAUGAGCCGGGUGUUCUGUUCACAUUGUGGAAACAAAACCCUGAAGAAGGUGUCUGUGACCGUCAGCGAUGACGGAACCCUGCAUAUGCACUUCUCCCGCAACCCUAAGGUGCUGAAUCCUCGGGGCCUCCGGUAUUCGCUUCCCACUCCCAAAGGAGGCAAAUAUGCCAUCAACCCCCAUCUGACUGAGGACCAGCGCUUCCCUCAGCUGCGACUGUCCCGAAAGGCCAGGCAGAAAACCGAUGUAUUUGCCCCUGACUACAUAGCUGGGGUGUCUCCCUUUGCAGAGAACGACAUCUCCAGCCGGUCAGCUACCCUGCAGGUCCGAGACAACACCUUGGGAGCCGGGAGGAGACGGUUAAAUCCCAAUGCUUCCAGAAAGAAGUUUGUGAAGAAAAGGUGAAAUCAAGCUCCACAGGCAAACUGGAUUGCUGCUGCAGCUGCCAAGGAGUUCUGGUGUCUCGUUUCCCCAGCUGUGCCAGCUCCAGAGCCAUCUGGAUGGAAAGAAUAGGCCCAGCUUACACAGUGCUGCUUCACAACUCACCGUGGUGUGUUGGGUUGGGUUUGUGGUGGAAUUCAGCCAUCCCUUGGCCUGUGAGCAUCCAGGGAGCCAGGGUUCCUGCCACGUUGAGGGGAAUUUGAUGAAAACAGAAAGAACAGUGCCCUGGAACAAAUCUUCAACCUUUAAAGACUUCCAAGUGAUGAUAUUUUUCUAUUAAAUGUGGUUGCAAGCUUCUGU